AUGAACCCUGACGACGUGAGAGGCACAUUCGUGCCGCGCAAAACUCCAUCACGCUCCAACUCGUCUUCAUCGCUCUCAUCCAACACCUCUGCCUCGUCCGCAUCCACGGCCUUGACGAGCGCGUCUCAGCCGUCUGGCACAUCCAUCUCGACCAACUCCGACCAAGGCCAGUGGGCGGCCAACAGCGCGUCUCGGAAACGACCCCGAACACAACCCUGGCCGCCGAAUAAAGGUGACCUGCAGCCGGAUUUUUCGAGAUUGCCAUCGGGGAGGUCCAACGGAAUGCUUGCCGCGCAGCAACCGCAGCAGCAGCCGCAGCAGCAUGGAGGUCCCUUGCAACAGAACGGGUCCGGCUUGCUUCAGCUCACUCCUGAAAGCAUGAUGCCGAGACCUCUGAGCACGAAUCAGCUGCCACCGGGGCAGCCUGUACUCUACUUGUUGUCACUCAACGGCACCUUUGAGCGCAAGACGAUUGGUGUACCUUUUGCACCAGACACACUUCGUAUCGGACGGCAGACCAACCAGAAGACCAUACCUACAGCGUUCAACGGCUUCUUCGACAGCAAGGUGCUAUCACGGCAACACGCCGAAAUCUACGCGGAACGAAACGGCAAGAUCUACAUUCGCGAUGUCAAGUCUUCAAAUGGCACCUUUGUUAAUGGCACGCGUUUAUCCCAGGAGAACCGUGAGUCGGAGCCACACGAGCUCCAGACAGGCGAUCAUCUUGAACUCGGUAUCGAUAUUGUUAGUGAGGACCAGAAGACUGUGGUUCAUCACAAGGUCGCCGCCAAGGUGGAGCACUCUGGGUUCAUGAGCGCGUCGAACAAUGUGCUUGACAUGAACUUUGGAGACUUGGAUCCAGCAAACAGCGCCAUGAUAGCUCAACCGGGUGCGCAGCCGCGGGGACGCCAAGGAGGUAAUGCAGCCAUGGCCAACAACGGCCGGAUGGCGCCCAAUCCGCAGGCUGUGAGCGCGCAGGCCAAUAUGCCGCAGCAUCGACCGUUCUUCCUCUCACCUAUUGCGACAGAUCAGAUUUUGAAACGCCUUGCGAAUGAAAUGAGAGGAGCGAGGCUACAGGCGCAGGAUUUGAACAGGACCAACCAGUUUGUCGGCACACUCCUAUCGAAGAACGAUGUCAAGGACUUGGAGAAACCGGAAGCGCCUGAGGCCCCCAAGGCGCAUCUGGUGAACGGGCUGCCCUUUCGACCAGAACCCAAGUCACGGUUUUCCGAACCGCCUGCGCCGCCUCCGCAGCAGCCACUACCCGAGAAGCCGAGCGCGCCUUCCUUGAAGCGUGGGAUCACGGAGCGCUCAAAGUCAGGCCCUGAGGCAAGCUCCCCGAUCAGGCAGGAGAACAUGUCACAGAUCAUCCAACUUACAGAAGCACUCAACAAUGCGAAGCGGGAUAUGGACACGCAGACAGCUCGCAUGAAGGAGUUGGAAACGAUGUUGCAGAAAGAACGUGAGGCACGCGAACUGGCCGAGAGUCUGGCCAGGCGCCUCGAGGAUUCUGCAAACACCCAUCUCAACGGCUCAGUGGUGGAGCCUACGCUUUCCAUGGACAAGUCUGUGGAGCCUAUGGCCGACGAUGAAUCUAGCGUCGAGCUCGAGGCCAGCACGGCCGCCAACAAUGAGGGUGCUGAAGCCAAGGCGGCCGCGGCCGCAUUGCAGGAACGCAUAGACACGAUGGAUGGCCAAAUGAAGAGUAUGCAGGAGCAAGUCGCUCACUGGAAGGGGCGUUGCGAGGCCGCUGAAUCCGCACGGGACGCUGAUCGUAAGAGCUUGGCCGAGAUGGUGCUUCAACUACGUGCGGAAGAGGCUCGGCGAGCGGCGGAUCAGGAGGAAAGGCGCUCGAGAUCGCGCAAGAGGACGGCCGAUGUGCAGACCUCCCACGAUGAGAACGCCGAGGCAGCACUAGCAUCCGCAGAGACGACAGAUGUGCCUCAGUCGGAUGGGGCUGUGGGCGAAAGUGAUGCCCCGACACUUUCCAGGGCUACCACGAUCACGCCCAUGAACGCCUCCAAGACUGCACCCGACACUCCUCUGCAGGCAGGUUUACCGUACGCCUCUGCACUGGGCGUUGUACUCAUAGGGAUGGGCCUCAUGGCAUACAUCAAUGGCUGGCAGGCACCACCACCGAGCAUAGAGCGAUGA